AUGAAGACUGUCUUGAAACAAACCCUGUUCCUCAUCUCCACUCUUCUAUUGCUGUCUCAUGCCACAGAAAUGCAGGCACCUGUGGUCCACACCAAGCUGGGAAGCCUGAGGGGCGAACUGUUGACCGUGAAGGGAACAGAGAAUAAGGUUCAUUCCUUCCUGGGUGUCCCCUUUGCAAAACCCCCCGUGGGCCCUGCACUGAGACUGGCUGCACCUCAGGCUGUGGAAGGAUGGGAGGGAGUAAGAGAUGCCACCAAACAGCCUCCCAUGUGUAUUCAAGACAGAGAACUCAGUAUGGACAUGAUUGUUAGGAUUUUGGGAUUUAAAGUGGAAAUACCAGAAGUCUCCGAAGACUGUCUUUACCUGAACAUCUACACACCUGCAACCAGACCUAAAGAUGCCAAACUCCCGGUCAUGGUGUGGAUCCAUGGAGGAGGCUUGACAAUGGGCGCAGCUUCAUCCUAUGAUGGAUCUGCCCUGGCAGCCUAUGAGAAUGUGGUUCUAGUAUCAAUCCAGUACCGCUUGGGACUCCUUGGCUUUCUGAGCACUGGUGACGAGCACAUGGCAGGAAACUGGGGCAUGCUGGACCAAGUGCAGGCCCUGAAGUGGGUCCAGGAGCACAUUCACAACUUUGGAGGAGCCUCUAACUCAGUCACCAUAUUCGGGGCGUCUGCUGGUGGAGUGAGCGUGUCCCUUUUGCUUCUCUCACCAUUGACUGAGGGCCUGUUCCACAAAGCGAUUGCUGAGAGCGGCACUGCUGCGAUGGCAUCUCUUGUCCAAGAGAACUCUCUUGCAAUGACUCAGAUUAUCGCAAACAAGUCAGGAUGUAGUGUUGAAUCCACUCAGAAGAUCGCAGACUGUAUGAAGAACCUGGAUAUGGAUACAAUCAACACCCUUGUCAAGGAUCUAACUUUAGGCUAUCCUGUAGUCACGGAUGGACACUUUCUGACACAAUCUGUGCAACAGCUGUAUAAGAAUCACGAACUUCAAAAGAAGCCAUUCAUCACAGGAGUUAACAGUGAUGAGGGCGGCUAUUUGAUGCCAAACUUCUUUCUACAUUCAAACUGGACGGAGGGACUGGACCGGGAGGAAGUUUCAAACACCAUGUCAGUCUUUCUUCCUGAUGCCAAAGUAAGAGAGCUGGUGCUGGAGGAAUACUGGGGAAACACUGAUGACCGAGUGAAAAACAGAGACGCUUUCACUCGGUACAUGGGAGAUCUUUUUUUCAACAUUCCAGCUGUUGUUACGGCCAAUGCUCACAGAGAUGCCGGUGCCCCUGUAUAUCUGUACGAGUACAGGUUUAUCCACUCUCUUUUUAAAUCAAAAAGGCCAAGCUUUGUCGGAAGUGACCACGGAGAUGAAGUCUUCUCAGUGUUUGGAUCUUGUUUCACACAGGCUCAUUUUAAAUUACCCGACCCCUGCUUGGUAGAAGAAGAAGAAGUAGCCAGAACCGUGAUGAGCUACUGGGCCAACUUUGCUCGCACCGGGUCUCCAAAUGGGAAGGGUCUGGUUCACUGGCCAAAGUACGACAAAGAGGAACCAUACCUGGCAAUCGCAGAGGAGCAGGUGGUUGAUCAUCACCUCAAGAAUGAGCACUUUAUCUUCAUGACUGAGACUCUUCCAGAGAAGAUCCAGGAGCUAUACCCAACUGCUACUCAGGGAAAACAGGACCACAAUGAGCUGUGA